ACCUGGUUCUCCGGAUCCCGGGUCGCCCGGACUCCGGGUGUUCCGGCAGUUGGUUUUCCGGAUUUCGGGUUUUCCGGAGGCGUGUUCCGAGGCGUGAGGGCUCACGCGCGGGCACGCCCGAAAGGUGGAACGCGCUCGGGGCAGAUCCGGAGUCGGUCCAUGCCGGCCAACAUCCGCGUCUCCCGCCAUGAACCGGGAGGAAGAGGUGAUGCUCUUCCGGAAAUCCCGCGAGAUCCAGUUGUUCCGGAGCAGCUCCUCCAACGGGAUCGGCUCCGGAUCCGGCUCGAAUCCGGGCGCCGGAGAAGCUGGCGACGAUAUUGUGCUCGACGUCUUCGCGCGGCAGCCGGAGGCGGAAACAGCCGUCGGGAAGCAGAACCACCACGUCACGACCGUCUCCUCCAGCGACGACGAGCGGGCGCAUUUAGACCUUGAUCCGAAAUUUCGGGCCAAUGAAAGCUCGCGGCGGUUCUCGACGCUGUUCUCGGGUCGUCGCGGGCGGAUGCCCCCUCGCUAUGGGGAGGCCCACCACAAGCGGAUUCCGACGCCGAUGAAAAAGAAGCGUCACCAGAGCUACCAACCCGCCAACACCCUGCAGCAACCCCCCGGCGGCGCCACCGGCGACGGCGAGGGGAACCAGGAGGAACCUGCCCCGGGUUCGCACCACCGUCACCACCACGACUCAGAGAAGGCUGUGAAACCGGCCGGCGUGCCAGACCCCUACUACCCUAUAUACUUGCCCAUCGACCAAGCUUUCAAGGCCAAGUACGUCUUUCAUCAACGCAAGGGGAAGUCGUUCAAGGAACGGGUUUACGUGUUCCUGGAACACCCCACCGGAUGGAUAUGCUUUGUCUACCAUUUUACUGUAUUCCUAGUGGUACUCAUCUGUCUUAUAUUCAGUGUUCUGUCAACAAUAGAAGCUUAUCAACAAUUCGCCAAUGAAACCCUCCUAUGGAUGGAGUUGUGCCUUGUCGUAUUUUUUGGCGUAGAAUAUUGCAUAAGGUUGUGGUCAGCAGGAUGUCGCUCAAAAUAUAUGGGCUUGUGGGGCAGACUCAGGUUCGUCCGGAAACCCAUAUGUAUUAUAGAUCUAAUCGUUGUAGCCGCUUCUAUAGUGGUUUUAACGGUCGGUUCAAACGGUCAGGUAUUCGCCACGUCGGCCAUCCGUGGUAUCCGAUUUUUACAAAUUCUUCGUAUGCUUCACGUCGAUCGUCAAGGCGGCACUUGGAGACUGCUCGGAUCAGUUGUUUUCAUUCAUCGUCAAGAAUUGAUCACGACACUGUACAUUGGAUUCCUUGGCCUCAUUUUUAGUAGUUAUUUCGUUUAUCUUGCUGAAAAGGAUGUAGUUAGAGCCGAUGGCAAGCCUGGUGAUUUCACAAGCUACGCCGAUGCUCUUUGGUGGGGUGUGAUCACUGUCACAACAAUUGGUUAUGGCGACGCAGUGCCUCAAACCUGGAUGGGCAAAAUCGUAGCCUCGUGUUUUAGUGUUUUUGCAAUCUCAUUUUUUGCUUUACCUGCGGGUAUUUUGGGCUCGGGUUUCGCGUUAAAAGUGCAGCAGAAGCAGCGACAAAAGCACUUCAACCGACAAAUCCCUGCGGCUGCCAUGCUCAUUCAGUGCCUGUGGAGGUGCUAUGCUGCUGACCAUAAUUUCAAUAGCCAAGCAACCUGGGAUGUUUACGUGAAACAAACGGGUCAAACUAAGGACAAAGACUCUCUGAGCAAACAACUGAUGAACCAAGUGACGAAGAGAGCGAGCGUUUUGGUGCGACGACGGUCUCGGAGCAGGAUAGACGGGAGCAGUCGAGAUGGGGGCUCCACCUCGGCCGCCGGCACAGCUCAGACGAACCCUAACCCCAACCCUAACCCCGACCCCCACGCCGCCGCGUCAACUUCGCAACAAAACCCCGAGACCGAAAACGAUGUCGUCUUCUACAUCGAGGAACCCAAAGCAGCGACGCCAAAUCGCCAACGGAGGGAACGAGAAAACAUGAGCCGAGCUUUCGUGAGUCAAACCAGUUCAGUGACCGAGGCUGCCAGCGAUGAAAUGGAUUUAGAUGAGCCCGAGAGAAUCACCCAACUAACUGACGUCCAUAAGAAUGCAAUUCGUGCAAUCAGGAAGAUCAAAUACUUCGUAGCUCGAAGGAAAUUUCAGCAAGCCCGAAAGCCUUACGACGUCCGAGAUGUAAUCGAGCAAUACAGUCAGGGUCAUUUGAAUAUGAUGGUCCGCAUCAGGGAACUGCAAAGGCGCCUUGACCAGACACUGGGUAAACCUGGAAGCUAUUUGGCUGGAAUGGACAGGGCUGGCAAUGUGAAACCAAUGACGAUUGGCGCUCGGUUAUAUCGAGUUGAACAACAAAUGAACCAGUUGUACGUUAUGGAACGGAAAAUUGACCACCUUUCGUACCUCCUGAAUCUGUACAUACAACGCACCGCACCUGUACCUUCUCUGUCCGUGGCUGACCAUGGCGCAGCGGGCCCCAUCCCCACAUGUUCUUCAACCCCUUCUACGACUGCUCCCUCGGUCACCUUCACCACAACCAUCGCCGCUACUGCUACCACUGCUACUGCCCCCGUCGCCACUUCAUCGUCAACAGUCGUCGAAGAAAAAGUUUGAAGAUAAACUGGCCAACUGACCACCACAUUUUUCAAUCAGGAUUGAACUCGCCGAAAAAAAAGGAUGCUGACUUAACAUUCUGGAUGUAGUAAAGAGUGGGACAACUCACAGAACGCUGAAUUUACCGCUACAGCAAUUAGCGUUACAUCUCGACAUUGCCAUAGUCACUGCUGAGGGCGAUUAAUUCAGCAUUUUGUGAGUUGUCGCGCACUUUUUUAUAUCCGAAAUUUUAAGUGAGAAUCAUUUUUUUGGUGAUGGAGAUGCGGAAUGGAAUUUCCUGUUCUUGCGGAUUUUCAUGAAAUGUCAUAAAAUUUUAGGCGCUGAGUGUACAAUCCCCAACGCAGAAUGGAGAUUAGGCACUGGCAUCUGAAGUUCGACGAUACAUUUUUUUUUUCAAUUUUUUUUCUUCAGAUUCGUGACAUCGAGUUGAUAAUCAAGCGUUUUGUGGCCUCCUAAAGCCUGUAUAAAACUACAGACGACAGGUGCCAAAAGGGACCUUUUAUUGGCACUAGAAUUUUCAAACAAUUUGUAAUGGGUAAAAAAGUUUCUAAAUGGAAAAUUUUACUUUUUAAUGGCAUUGAAGACUUUAACUCAGUUUCCAAGGAUUAGUGGCCCUGCUACUCUGCCGUGCUGAGGAAGAACGCCGUAUGAGCCUUCAGACGUUGCCGAAUUUCUUUCGAGAAAAACCG